AAAAAGCCGGAAAACCUCUCGUAUCCGAGCAGAGCCGAAGCUUCUCGGCUCGGAGUCUGCUCCCGCUUCGGGUUUUUUCCGGAAAUUGCCGAAGCUACCCGGAGACUGAUCCUCGCAGCAAAAGAGAUAUAAUUAGUCAAAGGCCCCCUUUUCCCCACCUGUGCUACAGACAGGGCCCAGCGGGACACACCCGGAGCGCGGCGAGUGCGCGCCCCCGAGAUCUCCUUUGUUGGUGGGCUGGUCCCUUUUCCUCAGGCCGCCUGGGAGGAAGUGAUUAAGUGGCCAAAUUUUGGCGCCAGCACCGAGACGCCGCCAGCUGGGCCCAAGAUCGAGCGAGAAGGGCAGACCCCGCAACAAAGGUAAAAGCUCUGCAAGUCUGCAAUAAAAAUGGCCUCCAAUAAAACUACAUUGGUUUCUAACCAGGAAUCUGAAGUUGGUGGCACUUGGGAAGUACUAAUUAGGAAAAGGAGCCUCAAGGAUUAUCACAAAAUGGGAAAGAAGCAGAAUGGCAAAGGUAAAAAAGUUGAAGAAGCAGAACCUGAAGAAUUUGUUGUGGAGAAAGUCCUGGACAGACGUGUAGUGAAUGGGAAGGUUGAAUACUUCUUGAAAUGGAAAGGAUUUACAGAUGCUGACAACACAUGGGAGCCUGAAGAAAACUUAGAUUGUCCAGAAUUAAUCGAAGCCUUUCUGAACUCCCAGAAAGCUGGUAAAGAAAAAACAGAUGGUGGUAAAAGAAAAUCUUUAUCAGAUAGUGAAUCUGAUGACAGUAAAUCAAAGAAAAAGAGGGAUUCUGUUGAUAAACCAAGGGGGUUUGCAAGAGGUCUCGAUCCUGAGCGGAUAAUUGGAGCCACAGAUAGCAGCGGAGAACUUAUGUUUCUCAUGAAAUGGAAAGACUCAGAUGAGGCAGACUUGGUGCUGGCCAAAGAAGCUAACAUGAAAUGUCCUCAGAUUGUAAUUGCUUUUUAUGAAGAGCGACUAACUUGGCAUUCGUGUCCGGAAGAUGAAGCACAAUAAUUAUUUACAUUACGUUUUUAUAUAUAUAUGAAUAUUAAAACCUGGAUUUUGAUUUUAGUCUUUGAUUUAUUAGCAAUGUGAGAAACCUCUACAUUCUAAUGAGAAUUGAGUUUGAUAUGUUUGUUUUUUGAAGUAGUGUGUUUUGCAUCAACAGCAAGUAAAUAAAGGCUUUCUGCAACUGGCUUCAUUAAUGACAGGACAGCAUUUGAUACUACUUCCUCCAUAUUCGGUAACGGCUUUUAUAAACCUUCACGAUCCUCCAUAGUUAUUACUGAAUCAUAGCAAAUGUUUAAACAAACUGACAGAUGUUUUAUAGUCUUCUAUGCUAUUGAUGUGCAUGUAUCUUCUUUACCCCAACCUAGCCCUGUAACAUGUAGAACCAUUCUUUUUAGUAUUUGAGGUAAUGUAGUCCCAAAGAGACCAGGUGAAAAUUAACUUCGUAGUAAUUUGAAUGUUAUCAUACUGUAUAUUGUUUACUUCAUUGUAAAUACUGGUGAACAGUGGUCAAUAAAAUAGUUUUAUAUUCUUCCUUUA